CAUUCGCAUUGCACCAUCGAGUACUACUAGCUCGGAGCACACAGCCAGCAAGCCGUGCAGUAGACCGGCGAGGAGAUGGCGGAGACCGCCGGCGUGGGCGUGGACGCGGCCAGCGUUCUCAUGCUGCUCUCGCGGCGGCAACAACAACAACAACAACAACAACAAGGCGGCGCGACGACGACGGCGGAGCUCGGCGCGCGCGGGCGCGGGCGCGGGCGCGGGCGCGUGUUCGAGUGCAAGACGUGCGGCAGGAGGUUCCCGACGUUCCAGGCGCUGGGCGGGCACCGCGCCAGCCACAGGCGCCCCAAGCCCUACUACUGCCCCUACCCCUACGGCAGCGAACCGGGGCUACGCCGGACGAGGCUGGACGAGCCGCCGCACAACGGCGAGUGCGCGCCGAGGCUACACGGCUGCCCCAUCUGCGGGCUCGAGUUCGCGGUCGGCCAGGCGCUGGGCGGGCACAUGCGUCGGCACCGGACUGCCGCAGCCGUCUCCGGAUGUGAUGAACUCCGCUCUGGGGACGCGAACGCGACGUCGGUUGAGGAAGCCGACGUUGGCGCUGCCGCUGGCUGUGCCGGUGGAAUCUGUUUGGACUUGAGCCUGGCGCCGUCGGAGAACUGCGUCAGGUGCCGGAAUAACGCUGUGCUCGGCAACACGGCGCAUGACGCACGGAAAUCGCUGAUAUUGGACUGCCCUCCUCUUUGACAAGCUCUGCCUUAUAGUAGCACACGUCUAUUUAUUAUUAUUAUAGUAUAUAUACAACUGUAUAAGUUUAUUAGAUUUUU